CUCCUCCCUCCAGCUCGCGCUCCGCUUGCUGCAGUAUCACGUGCAACGGCGCCGGGUGCAGGAUGGCGGCAGCGGCCGCGGCGGCAGCAGCGCUGGGUGUCAGGCUCCGGGAUUGCUGCAGCCGGGGUGCCGUGCUCCUGCUCUUCUUCUCCCUGUCACCAAGGCCCCCGGCCGCCGCUGCCUGGCUGCUGGGUCUUCGGCCUGAGGACACUGCUGGAGGCCGCGUAUCCCUGGAGGGGGGCACCCUGCGUGCGGCCGAAGGCACCAGCUUCCUCCUGCGGGUCUACUUUCAGCCCGGGCCGGCGGCCCCCGCCGCGCCUGUGCCCGCACCCUCCCUGGCCCCAGGGGAGAACGGCACGGGCGACUGGGCCCCGCGGCUCGUGUUCAUCGAGGAGCCCCCUGGCGCGAGCGGCGUGGCUCCCAGCGCCGUCCCCACGCGUCCCCCGGGACCGCAGCGCUGCCGCGAGCAGAGCGACUGGGCGUCGGACGUGGAGGUCUUGGGGCCCCUGCGGCCCGGGGGCGUGGCGGGCUCGGCCCUGGUCCAGGUGCGGGUGCGGGAGCUGCGUAAGGGCGAGGCGGAGCGCGGUGGCGCGGGCGGCGGCGGGAAGCUCUUUUCGCUGUGCGCCUGGGACGGGCGCGCUUGGCACCACCACGGCGCGGCCGGCGGCUUCCUGCUGCGCGUCCGCCCGCGGCUCUACGGCCCGGGUGGGGACCUGCUGCCGCCCGCGUGGCUGCGAGCGCUCGGGGCGCUCCUGCUGCUGGCCCUGUCCGCCCUGUUCAGCGGCCUGCGCCUGAGCCUGCUCUCGCUGGACCCGGUGGAGUUACGGGUGCUGCGGAACAGUGGCUCGGCCGCCGAGCAGGAGCAGGCGCGCCGCGUGCAGGCCGUGCGCGGCAGGGGGACCCAUCUGCUCUGCACCCUGCUCCUGGGCCAAGCCGGCGCCAAUGCCGCGCUGGCGGGCUGGCUGUACGCCUCUCUGCCGCCGGGCGUCGGGGGCCCAGGGGAGGACUACGGCGAGGCGGGGGUUCACUUCCCAUGGCUGCCGGCGCUUGUGUGCACCGGCGCGGUGUUUCUGGGAGCCGAGAUCUGUCCCUACUCUGUGUGUUCGCGGCACGGGUUGGCCAUCGCCUCGCACAGUGUGUGCCUGACCCGACUUCUCAUGGCGGCCGCCUUCCCGGUGUGCUACCCGCUGGGCCGCCUCCUGGACUGGGCUCUGCGCCAGGAGAUCAGCACCUUCUACACGAGGGAGAAACUGCUGGAGACGCUGAGGGCCGCAGACCCUUACAGUGACCUGGUGAAGGAAGAGCUCAACAUCAUCCAGGGCGCCCUGGAGCUGCGCACAAAGGUGGUAGAGGAGGUGCUGACCCCCCUCGGUGACUGCUUCAUGCUGCGCUCUGACGCCGUACUUGACUUCGCCACUGUAUCCGAGAUCCUUCGCAGUGGCUACACUCGAAUCCCGGUGUAUGAGGGCGACCAGAGGCACAACAUUGUGGACAUUCUGUUCGUCAAAGACUUGGCCUUUGUGGACCCGGACGACUGUACCCCGCUGCUCACAGUCACCCGCUUCUACAACAGGCCUCUUCAUUGCGUCUUCAAUGAUACCCGGCUGGACACGGUGCUGGAGGAGUUUAAGAAGGGGAAAUCUCACCUGGCCAUUGUCCAGAGAGUGAAUAAUGAGGGCGAAGGAGACCCUUUCUAUGAGGUGAUGGGCAUCGUCACACUGGAGGACAUCAUAGAGGAGAUCAUCAAGUCAGAGAUCCUAGAUGAGACCGACCUCUACACUGACAACCGGAAAAAGCAGAGGGUCCCACACCGGGAGAGGAGGCGGCAUGACUUCUCUCUGUUCAAGCUUUCAGACUCCGAGAUCAGAGUGAAGAUCUCGCCACAGCUUCUACUUGCCACCCAUCGCUUCAUGGCCACAGAAGUGGAACCCUUUAAGUCUCUGUACCUUUCGGAGAAGAUCCUGCUCCGACUUCUGAAACAUCCCAACGUGAUCCAGGAGCUGAAGUUUGACGAGAGGAACAAGAAAGCCCCAGAACACUACCUCUACCAGCGCAGCCGCCCUGUGGACUAUUUUGUGCUGCUUUUACAGGGGAAAGUGGAAGUGGAGGUUGGUAAGGAAGGCCUUCGUUUUGAGAAUGGAGCCUUUACCUACUACGGCGUUCCAGCCAUCAUGACCACCGCUAGCUCAGAUAAUGACGCACGGAAGGUGGGAAGCCUGGCUGGAUCCUCUGUCUUCCUGCCUGUCUCUGUGUCUCGUACCUUCGCCUUCAGCAGAGGGGACUCUCUGGCAGGCUCCCCAGUAAACCGGUCCCCUUCUCGCUGCAGCGGGUUGAAUCGCUCGGAGUCUCCAAACCGAGAGCGCAGUGACUUUGGCGGGAGCAACACGCAGCUGUACAGCAGCAGCAACAACCUCUAUACACCCGACUACUCGGUUCACAUCCUCAGCGAUGUGCAGUUUGUGAAGAUCACACGCCAGCAGUACCAGAACGCACUCACAGCCUGCCACAUGGACAGCUCGCCCCAAUCCCCAGACAUGGAAGCCUUCACUGACGGGGACUCCACCAAGGCCCCCACGACCCGGGGCACACCCCAGACUCCGAAGGAUGACCCGGUCCUCACGCUCCUGAGCAACAGGACCAGCUUGCCGUGCAGCCGCUCAGAUGGUCUGAGAAGCCCUGGCGAGGUGGUAUACCUGAGGAUGGAGGAGAUAGCCUUCCCCCAGGAAGAAAUGACCAACUUUGAAGAGCACAAGACGCAGCAACUCUCGCUGUCCCCUGCAGCUGUUCCUACAAGAGCAGCUUCAGAUAGCGAAUGCUGUAAUAUCCACCUGGACCCAGAGGCCAGCCCCUGCAGCAGCGACUCUGAGGAGACCAUGGGCAAGAAGCUGCUGAGAACCCUGAGUGGCCGGAAAAGGAAGAAGUCAGCAGAUGGAGAGCGAGCCUCUGAGGAUAACUCCAAUUUAACACCUCUGAUCACAUGAUGAGGGAAGACCUCGUUGGCUGGGUGUGAGAUUCCGAGGCUUUGGGAGAAGAGCCACCCUCCCAUCACUUGCUUCCCCAUCCCCCAAGGCCUCCCACCAGUGACAGAACACUCCACCCUCCAUCUUUCACCCCUUGCAGUCAGUUUGGCAAGUUUUACCAGUUGCCCCCAGUCUGACACAGAAGGAGAUGCCUGUAAUUGGAAGAUGCUAGAAAUGGUCUUGUCUGCAGGAUAGUCCAGGACUGGCUG